AUUGUAAAACGAAGAAGGCGGAACCCAGAAAAUAUGACAAGAUGGCGGAUUAUGGAAACAGUGGUAAUGUCAGACACCCCUCAAAUUCAGACGCAGAACUCCCUAAAUUAUCCGACUUGCUAGACCGCGGAUGGAAGAUAUUUGAAGAGGUGGACAGUACAAACGAAGCACUGGGCUCCAACUGCAUCCAGGUGAGAGUGAAACGCGGUAUCGGUAUGUUAGAAGAAGCUUCCAGAAUGGCGACUCAGCUCGACCUGUUCAGCCGGAAUGAGGAGCUGGAGGAGGUCGCUACGGUGGACCUAAAGUACAUGCUACUGCCCGCUCUCUUAGGAGCUCUGACCAUGAAGCAGACAAGAAGAGACAAAAGACUAGACACAGUUCAGACAGCCCGGUCUUACUUCAUGGACUUCCUGAGGAGAUGUAAAGAGUAUAACAUAUCAGAGUUUGAGUUGCCAACGUCCACGGAUGAAGACGCAAGUGGUCCCGACGACGCAUCAGAAAAUGGACUCUCUGCGGUCAAGUCUGUCCCCUGCCCAUCAGACCUGGUUGCCAUGGCAGCACGGAGACAAGCUAAGAUCGAGCGGUACCGCCAGAAGAAGGAGCUGGAAGCCAGACUGUCAGAUGUAAGGAUAGCCGUGGACAGUGGACAGGCCGACGAUGAAGUCAGCAGAGAUUUUUACCUUCUGAAUGUCCGGAGAUGGGUCACUGUGUGUCUGGAGGAAGUAGAGAGCAUCAAUCAGGAGGUGGAGAUACUUAAGAAAAUGGAUGUUCUGAAGCAGAGUGCUACCAAGCAGCCAGCUCAGCCAGUCAGGCCUCCCAUGAAACCAUUCAUCCUCACCAAGGAUGCUGUACAGGCUCGGGUUUUCGGGGCUGGUUACCCCAGCCUUCCCACCAUGACAGUAGAUGACUGGUAUGAACAGCACAGGAAACACGGUGCCCUGCCUGACCAGGGGAUAUCCAGGAGGAUUGAUGUGGACGACACUGAUGCAAAGGAGAAGGAAGAAGAGGAAAAAGAGAAAAAGGCUGAACAGGAAGAUGAGGAGUCUCUGCUGAAAGCCAGAAACUGGGAUGACUGGAAAGACACCCAUCGCAGAGGUUAUGGAAACCGCCAGAACAUGGGCUAACUGAUCUCAGCACAGUGUGUGUCCAUCACACCAACUCUAUCUUGAUUUCUACUCUAAUCAGUCCAGAAGUAGACACUCUUCCCAGUUCUGAUCCAUAAAGCUGUGGGUAUGAGAAGGAAACACAUCACAGCAUCACCUUACCAGCCUGCUGACUUCGCUGAUAGAUUUAUGUGCAGGUAGACACUGCAGCUGAUUUCCUUAUGUUACAUUUGCUGUUGUCAGUCAUUUCAGCACAACAGUCCUCUGUGGUGUCAUGUGUUCAACUGAGUUUUAAUAAAAAUCUACGGUUUGCCUGGGCUCAGUGGAGCACAGUCA